CAGUCUGCGCUGGAUGUCGGCAUAAAGAGUCUGGAACUUUUCCUGGAAAGCUGAUCCUGCAGGUCAGUGCAAAGCUGGUCCACGUGACACUCGUCUGCUGGGACCACUGGCAGCGCCCUGCCAUAUAAAGACGCAGCAGCGGGUGUGUUUGUUUAGUAGGCGGCAGGAGCGCGUCCAGAGUGGACAAUGACAGGCCUGCAAAUUCUGUGGCUCUUGAGCCUGGCACUGUGGAGCUGCGUGGCACAGAACUACACCUGGGGAGUCGAGGAGAGCAACCAAACCGGCUGCGUCUCCGACACGGCCAGCUGUGGCUGCUGCCUGAUGCAGCAGUGGGUGCAGCGUCUUGAGAAGUACUUCAACCUGACCUUGGAGACGCUGGACAGAAAGCUGGAGACCACCACUCGGAGAGUGGCCGAGCUGCGAGCUAGCCGCACGGCCUUCUCGGUUUCCCUGUCCAAUCGGCUAGAGGUCCUCGGCCCCUUCAAGACCAACACGACCGUCGUGUACCGCAAGGUGUUUGUCAACCAGGGCGCCGCCUACAAUGAGCAGACUGGCAUCUUCACCACCCCGGUGGCCGGCCUCUACAGCUUCUCCUUCACGGCUUUCCAUGACGCGGGCGCCCCCGCACAAAAGCUGCGCAUCUACAUGGUGCUGCAACGCAACGGGCAGGACGUGGUGGGCCUGCACGACACCACCAGCACCGACCAGGAGGACAGUGCCACGCAGAACGUGGUCCUGCAGCUGGACGCGGGUGACCGUGUCUGUGUCAAGUUGUUGGCUGACUUCGUUCUGUUCGAUGACAUCAACCACUACAACACCUUCAGUGGAUUCUUCCUGUCACCCGUGCUUCUGCUCUGAUGGGCACCGUGCCAGCGUACUGUAGCCUCUGCCCAAUAAAAUGUCUGCUUGAACCCUUGCC